GAUCUGAAGGGAGGAGGAGUUUUGGAGAGAAGUUUGUGGAGGAAACAAUCGGCCGCAGUUUUUCAUGUAGCACCAUCAACAAGUGGCAGCAGUGAAGCGGUACAGGAAGAGCUGAUGUGAUGGAAAUCCCUGCCAUUAAUCUAAAGGCCAUAGUACUGGUGCACUGGCUGCUUACAGUAUGGGGAUGCAUGGCGUGGCUUCCCACCUCCUAUGCCUGGGUGAACUUCAGUGUGUUUGCUAUCGGGGUGUGGGCCAUUGCACAGAGGGACUCCAUCGAUGCCGUGCUCAUGUUCCUGGUUGGGAUGUUCGUGACGAUAGUGACCGACAUCGUCCAUUUCGGCAUCUUUUACCCGAUAAAUGAUUUCGCUGCAGAGAGUGGAAGGAACGUGUUUCGCUUCAGCGCAGGAAUGGCCAUCCUCAGCUUGCUGCUUAAACCUGCGUCCUGCUUCUUCGUCUACCAAAUGUACCGCGAGCGUGGAGGAGAUUACAACGUUAACUUUGGUUUCAUUACUGUAUCACGAGACAGAGAAGCCUACCAGUCCAUUGACCAACAGGAAGAGCCCCCCACCCCGGCCAACCCCUUCAACCAGGCCCAGGACAGCAAGCCAGCCGUCCGCACUUACUGAGAAACAGGCGGUGAGACGGCAGUGUUUCCCUCUGAGUCUCUGCAGCAGCACAGUGCUAGGGGGCAUUUUUUUUUUUACUAUCGAUUCCACAUUUUUCCCUGUGUUUAGUAAAUCUGCUUUGGACUCCAGAAAGAUGUAAUACUUUUUAUACAGUGAAUCAUUACCUCCAUUUGGGCUUAAGAAUACAAAAUAAUUUCAAUUUUUUUCUUUAAGGGUUGCUGUUUUUUUGUUUAGUUUUUUUGAUAAACUGGCACUCCCCUGCUGAAUAAAUACAGAGGAAACACUGCUUCCACUCCCAUGCUGUGUUACUGUAUCGGCUAGUAUUUUUAGAAGAGAGGCAUUGAAUGGAACUGUUAAGUCUGUUUAGUUUUUUCCAAUUGAGUCAUUUUUACAAGUGGCACUUACAUAUUAGGUCUGUUUCUCUUCGCUCUGUGAACUAUUACAAUGUCCCUAUUCUUGUAUGCAGUAUUAUUUUCCAAUGUUUCGCUAUGGUACAGAAGUGCUUAAAGCACAGGAAUUAUUUUUUUAACACAAAAUUGUUGAAUGUCACGCUUUAGAAGCUACCUUGUGCCUUUUGUACUUUUCACCUUUAGCUAUGAAAUCCUUCAACUGAGCUGAAGACACGAUGACCAAAUGAAAGUGACAGGCCUUUAUUCUUAUAACUAAACGAGAAGGGUACUAUUCACUUAUCUUGAUGUUGACCUAUGCAAUGCCCGUAUUAAGACUACUGUAACUCUGAAAACAAUAUAUUAAAGAGUCCCUGUUAUGCU